CUUGAUCCUUCCGUUGUUCUUGCUUCUCUCAGGGCAUAUCAUCAUCUACGGCUCUCCCGUCUCUGCGUGCCGUUGUAUCUCCGUUGCCUCUCGAUUCUAGGAGGGCCCCCUGAGUCCUGUGGAGGCCCCCAAUCGACCCCGGAUACCGAUGCUCCACCACCGAGCUGGCAGGGGGAGAGUACAGCCCAGGAUCCAACUCUGAGAGAAGAAUGGACUAAAUUGCGGAUGUGCGCAGCAUUCAACCUCUACAGCCUUUGGGCUGCCCAGGGAGCCCUUCCUCAGGCCCAACGCCUCGCUGCCACUUACCUUCUGUGGGACUAA